AUGCCAAGUUAUGCAAAAUUCAUGAAGGACAUCUUGGCAAAGAAGAGGAAGCUGGAGGAAUACGAGACAGUAGCUCUCACCCGAGAAAGUAGUCAAUACUACCUCAACAAAUUACCACCAAAGCUAAAAGAUCUAGGUAGUUUCACUAUCCCUUGUACUAUUGGUAACCGGAAGCCUGGAAUAGGAGAAGCACGUCCAACCACUGUUAUGUUGUUGAUGGCUGAUAGAUCAAUAACUUAUCCAGAAGGAAAAAUUGAAGAUGUGUUGGUAAGAGUGGAUAAGUUCAUCUUUUCCAAUGACUUUAUUGUUCUUGACUUUGAAGCAGAUAGGGAAGUGCCCAUCAUUUUGGGAAGAGCAUUCUUAGCCACCGGACAAGCAGUGAUUGAUGUUGAGAAAUGA